AUGUCGUUCUUGAAUCCUAUUCUCAGGGUGUCUAAAGGGCUCAGUGUAAGUUUCUAUGUCGAUUGCAGCACGUAUUAUAAUAGAAAGAAAAGUAUUAUAAUAGAAAAUUUAUUUUAAAAGCUAAAUUUUUUUAAACUUUUAUGCUGUGUUUGAAAUUUUAUAAAAUAAAUGUUUUUUAGUAAUUUUUUAAGCUGUUUUUCAUAAAUAACGUUAUUUUACAUUUUCAGCCUUUGUCUAUUCGCUUCUCCUCUACUGUGAGCGAAGUGACCUUCCAAACCCGGCCUUACAAGCUUCAUAAACUGGACUACGGACCGAGCAAUGAAACUGUCUUGACUAGAGAAGAGGCCUUGGACUACUACAAGGAAAUGUUGGUAUUGAGAAGAAUGGAAACCGCCGCUUCGAACCUCUACAAGGACAAGAAGGUUCGCGGUUUCUGUCAUUUGUACACUGGUCAGGAAGCCGUCGCUGUGGGUAUUACUGCGGCGAAACAUCAUGAGGAUGCUCUGAUUACAUCGUACAGAUGCCACGGAUGGACUUACCUCAUGGGGUCUACUAUCGCUGAGGUUUUGUCUGAAUUGACUGGUAUGUUGAGGGCUGAUUUGGUUUAAAAAAGUUUAUUUAUUUUGACAUUAUUAUAGUUUUUUGCUUGUUUACUUAAAACUGCUGCUUUAAAGUGAUAAUAAUAAUCUUUUACAUCGUAAAUUAGCUUUGAUUUACAAAAAACUGACAUUUACACAAUGUUGUGCCCUUUAUAGUAUAAUGAUUAUAAGUUCUUCAUUACAGGUCGCAUAUCUGGAAACGUAUACGGCAAGGGAGGCUCAAUGCACAUGUACGAACGCAACUUUUACGGUGGUAAUGGUAUCGUUGGAGCUCAAAUCCCACUCGGAGCUGGCAUAGCUUUUGCUCAAAAGUACCGUAAUCAACGGAACGUAUCGUACGCUUUGUACGGUGAUGGAGCUGCUAACCAAGGUCAAUUCUUUGAAACCGUAAACAUGGCUCAAUUGUGGAAGUUGCCAUGUAUCUUCAUCUGCGAAAACAACGGAUUUGCUAUGGGAACAUCAUCGUCAAGAGGCGCUGCUAGUACUGACUACUACACUAGAGGCGACUUUGUUCCAGGUAGGGAUUUUAUCUCUAAAAUUUUUGAGUAUUGACUCAAUGUACAUGAAGUUAUGACUUAUUAUCUUUUAGGAAUCUGGGUUGACGGUAUGGACGUUCUCACCGUGAGAGAAGCCAUUCACUUUGCUCGCGAACAUUGUAUUGCUGGUAAAGGACCUUUGGUGUUGGAGUUGGCUACCUACAGAUAUGUAGGUCACUCCAUGUCUGAUCCAGGCACAAGUUAUCGUUCUCGUGAAGAAGUUCAAGAAGUCCGUAAACAUCGUGACGCUAUUGCUGGAUUCAAAGAUAAGAUUGUGACUGCUGGUCUCGCUAAUGAUGAGGAGUUGAAGGUAAGGUUUUGUUAUGGAAAAUGCUUUACAAAAGGCAGUAUAAUAUAUGAUGUUUGGGUAUAUUUGCAUAUUAUAGUAGGUAAUUGGAGCUAUAUUUUUGAUUCAGUUGGUAAAUAUAUGAUGUUUGUCAUUAGGUUGGAUAAUAUUUUUAAUAUAGAGCGUAUAGUUGGCAUGGUUAGGUUUAUAUUAACAUAUUGUUCUUUUAGAAAAUCGAAAAAGAUGUCCGUGUAGCUGUUGACGAAGCUGUGAAACAAUCUAUCACUGACCCAGAACUUCCAGUAGAAGCUCUCUACUCUGACUUAUUCGUCAACACCGAACCACAAACUGUUCGUGGUUGCACUGUAGACGAAACUAUCGUACAACCGGAGAGAUACACUUCAGAUAUUGUGAAGAAGCUCGGCAGAAACCCCAAGGUGUACCAGACACCACAGUAG